AUGCUGCAGUCUGCAGAUUUGAAUACUCUUUACGCCCCUAAGGGGCCUGCUAUGGCCCCAGCGGCCCUAUUGUAUCCCGUGGCGUACGCCCUCAUGACGCGCCACACCACGGACGCGCACGAGGCAGUCCUCAGAUGUGUGGCUCGACACGUGGACGGGAUGCAAGACCCAGCCUGGUUGAUGGCAGACUUCGAGCCAGCACUUCGCGGUGCAUUCCGUCGUGUGUGGCCGGGAGUGCAUGUGUCAGGAUGCUGGUUUCACUUUGGCCAGGCCGUUCUCGAUCGUGCAGUAGAUUUUUGCCACAUGAAGCCUCUGCUGCAGGAAAACGCGGAGGCUGGUAGGGCGCAGAAGAUGCUAAUGACGCUACCCCUCUUGCCCAUGGCUUUGAUCGUGGCAGGCCUCGAUUACAUCGAGGGCCAUGUGGCAAGGCAUGAGCUCACGGCUCAUUUUGCACCCAUUCUCCAGUACAUGAGGACGUACUGGAUUAAUGAGGUAGGGGUAGCGAUUCUAGCAGUUGGCGACCUCUACCACCGCACCAACAAUGGUGUCGAGAGUUUUCAUAAAAUUCUUAACACCUCUGUUGGUGUGCACCCGAGUUUUUGGAGAUUUUUCGAUGCUUUGAGAAGAGUUGACGCCGCACGUGCGGUGCGAGGGAUCAAGGGCAGGGCACCAAGGGCACCCAGGCCGGCGAGAGGGGAGCUGCUGCCGCGAGGGCCGAGGCCUGAGCUUCCGCACCCCCCGCCAAGGGCACAAGACGAGGAUGACGGGGAUGACACGAGCGACGACGACUUCCAACCACCUCGCCCGUUGCGUAACGCAGGGAGGCAGGAGGGGGCUCGCCGUAAUCCUCCGAGACAAGGCCGCAACGAAGAAGACGUGCCUCUGGCAGUCCUGCAGCGACAGCACAGGGCAAACGAAGAGCUGCAGCAAGAAGAAGAGGACUUGCCUUUGGCCGUCCUCCAGGAACGGCAAAGGGAAGAGGAAGAGGGUCAGCCAGAGCAAGUGGAGGAAGAGGACCAGCCAGAGCAUGUGCAGGAAGAGGAUCAGCCAGAGCAAGUGGAGGAAGGAGAUCAGCCAGAGCAGGUGGAUGAAGAGGAGCAGCAAGAUCAGGAGGAACAGGAGCAGCCAGCAGAGCAGGAGGAGCCUGCUCAAGACCAGCAUCUUAUGGACGAAUUCCGAGCUCAGCUGGUUCGGGAUCUCCCGGGGGAACCGGAGGGCGGCAUCCUCGUCGCCUUCCAGUUUCCCGGCCGACGAGAGAGGCAACGCUUUGGUGCGGAUUGCGACGUUCGCAAUCUGCACAACUUCGCCCUCACCGUGGCCUUGGAGAUCUCGAAAGUGUCCAACAGCUUCCGACUUGUGUCCCCACCUGCUCAAGUCAUCCCGGAGCGCGAGAAGCGCAUGGACGAAGUUAGCGGCGGGUCAGCACAAGUCCUGCUACAUGUACAGCCCUCACGAGGAGAAUGCAGUGUUUGUAUUGACGCCAUUCAAGAACAAUUCAAGGGCCGCCUCGAGCCUUGCGGCCAUUCGUUCUGCAUGGUGUGUGCAACGAGAUUGAAUGAAACUAGGCGAAAGGAGUGUGCGCUGUGCAGGGCGAAAAUUACGUCUGUAAAGAGGUGGCCCAACUAGGAUGUUUGUAAAUUUUUACUUUGUACAUUACAUAUUAAUUAAGCGGGGGAUUCUAAAUAUUAAGUUAUUCUGCAAGUGUCAAUACUUUUUAGCCCGCCCUUCUGCUUUGAAAAAGCUAUCCAGCGGGCUUAUGCAAACGACCUCGUGUCUGUGUGUCUGUGUGUCUGUCUGUUCCACUAGAAGGAGAUGUGCUAGAGACUUCAAAUUUUCAGGGUAUCUUAAGGUUCACUUCUAGAAAACGAAACGCCUACGGCAAAUCCUGGCAACCACCCCUAAAGGGCUAAAAGGGGGUAUUAAAGAAAAUGGGGUCGGUCAAAAAAGUCAGAAAAAAAUAUUUUUUUAUGGUCUCCUAACGGGUAACUCGUCAAAGUAGAGCCGUAUGGGCGAAAAUUUCGUGCGUUUGGCUCUAUCUCUAACCGUUUAGGCGCUGGAGGGUCUUUUUUGACGAAAAUAAGCUUAAAAUUGCUGUAGUUAACAAUAAGUUGUAGAAGAAGGCCCAAAACCGCAAAAGAGGAAAGAAACUCCCU